AUGGCAGACGCUCGCAAGCUUGCCCCGCGUCCGCCCGGCGCUGUCCAUCCAUACGCCUCAGCGAGUUCUUCUCGCAGGGCCAAAGUUUCAAUCGCGUGCGAGAGCUGCCGCUCGAGGCGCGUCAAGGUCCGUGUUGUUGCCGUUGUGCAUGUUCAUUAUCGGCUAGCAGCAGCUAACGUAGUGAAGUGUGAUGGCGUGAAGCCCAAAUGCCGAUCAUGCCGCACGCAGGCUACCGACUGCGUGUAUGCCACACCAACCAACCAUCUUGCCGAACAGCAGAAGGUGAAGAUUGAAAAGCUCGAGAGUGACAAGAGCGCGCUAUACGAGAUCCUUUGGUACUUGCAGACGAAAAAUCCUGAGCAAGCUACUGCUCUUCUGGAAUAUUUAAGGUACUGGUUCUUCAAUUGCGUUGGAGCCCUGUUCUAUAUCAUGGACAAGGACGUGGCACAAAGAAGCAUCGAGAGCAUCAAAGAUUUCCACAUGCCACUGGGUGACUUGGUCACCAUGAAUGUGGACGCAAGAACCACGACCACGGCAGCAGAGCUCGCUGGAAUGGCCGCAGUUGGCGUUGUUCAUUCCCGACUUGCCGAACCUGAUGCUGCUCGGCCAGCCGAACUGGCAGACUACUUCUACGCAGUGGCUAAGCUCGGACUAGAUGUAGCUAUCGAGUACAACCCGCUACGAGCUGUGAAGAUCUGCGCCCUCGUCGCUAUGUAUAAUAUCAUUGUACACGCUAGUGUCGCGCUGGCUUAUCUUGGUAUGUAUCAAGGACCCUGGUCCACCUGCAAUGCUCUCGGCCCUGCUGCUCUAGAGGUGAAAGAGGAUACUGGUGUUGCCCCCGAAGAUAUGAUACGACGCGAAUGCGUAAAGGUAACCAUCAUCAAAGCUGAGAUGUUGCAUCAGGUUCCAGAAACUGCGCCCGUACCCGGAAACGUUGUUGCAAACUUCCAGCAAAGGUUCCGGACGUUUGUCGAGCAAUUACCGGACUGGAUGGGCCUUCUACAAUUGAUCUCCAAUGAGCAAAGGGAACACACGUUGCAAUUUCGACCAGUCAUUUUCUAUGUUCAUCUUUUCUAUCACUCAGCUAGAAUGCUACUGUCUCGUCGCUUGGCAAUCGCCUAUAUCCCACUCGACGCCACCAGCAAAGUUUUACUUCCUGUAGAGGUGCAUAAAGCGAUCCGAGAUGGGCUUCUGGCAGCUCGAAACAAUGCCGUUCUCAUGGAGUCCAUGUUGUUCGAGGGAAAAAUCGUACAAGUGUGCUGGCUAUGCGUCAUGAUUGCUUACGCAGCUGUGCAGAAGGCAAUUCAUGGUUACCCGAUAGCUCAUGACGUGGAGCUCCUCAACAUGUGUAUCAAGGUGCUGUCUUAUUGUUCACUCAAGGAUGCGUUGGCAGGCCGUUUCUGCAAUCUUCUCACCAGCCAUCUGGACGAACUUCAAGAGGUGAUUUUUUCGAGUAGCCUCUCGCCUCAGGACACCGCAAGCGAUGAAGCAGCGCUAGAAGACUUUCUCUUCGACUUCGGACCCGGCUCAACUGCAAUCCAAGACUCCGCCAGGAAAUUGCUGAAGCUUAUACACCGCCCAUUCAGUGGCCUGGAAAACAUCACAGUUCAGUCAACACUGUCCAAUCCCGCGGAAACCACGAUGGGUACACACCUUGAAUGGAAGUGGGAGCUCAAAAGCGAUGUUCGUCUCAACAAUAUGCCCGGGUCAAAUCAGUCCGGGCAGUCAAAUAUAUUACCCGACGAUGUUAUGGGCGACGUUUUGCCACAGCCGGAGAAUGCUGCUUGGCACAUUUGGACACCAAUUGUCGAGAGUUGA